AUGAACGUCCUGCCAUCCACUACAACUCCAACCAAGGUAUUCCACACCGAGAACACCAUUCAGCUUCCUCAGAAUCAGAACGGCGUCCGGGAACCCACCUUUGAGCUCUCAACCACCGCUGUUGCAUCACCAUCAACGAGCAACCCCAAGUUCUGGGCCCGGCAAGGUGGUAUCAUCUGA